CCAGUUGGAGCGACGGAUCGGUCCCUCUUCUACCACUUGUAUUUUGUGGGGAGAAAGAUCCAGCCGGGAUAAAGCUGAAAUAACUUUUAUGCAAGAACAGGACGCUGAUGUGCUGCAGUUUGACUGUAGAUAUUCGGCUUUGAUAUAUUUUAGUGAUACGCUUUUUUUCAACGGAGUCUGGUGAGAUCUGAAGAGGCGUGUGGCAAAACUUUGGCUGUUUAGUCGAGAUUUUGUUUUUAAACUUAUAAGAAAGCCAGUCAGCUGGACUGUUCUGCAUCACGCCUGGAUUAUCUGUUUACACCGACAGAUUGUCUCUGAUCGGCAUCAUUUAUUUACAACAUUCAUUUGAGAUUUCAAAGUUAGAGCUCAAGUAGUUCGUGGUGUUGAUACAUUGUACACACGCGGCUGAAACUGUCCUGUGCGACAGAUAAGAGCGCCGAUAAAAAGUUGCGCACUGUGAGAGACUUUGUGGACUUUGUUUUAGCUGAAGCUAGUAAAAAAACAGACUAACCCUGGUGUUUUUUAGGCUGACACAUCCUGUGCAGAUGAUCUAGCACUCAGUCAUCAGAAGUGUUUGUCUUAAGGUAGCGAGGCUCGCUUGACUUUAGUGCGCUCUCGCCUCCAUCCUCUGCGCUCCCACGGUGGACUCCUGAGACCAUCCGCGUCUGGAGGAAAAGAACUUUAACAACAAAAAAAGAAAAGAAAAACUGCUCUGAUACAACCCACUCAGGUGGCACUGACCCAAGCUGUUGUGAUGCAUAUUCCCGUAGAGCCGCCCACCACCAGACGGUUCACGCCGCCCUCCACGUCCUUCCCCUGCAGUAAGCUCGGAGACGGCAACGGGGCCAUGGCCACCCCGGGGCCCCUCAGGUCAAGAACGGACACCAGGAACGUGGUGGACGUCCUGGCGGACCACGCCGGCGAGUUGGUCAGGACCGACAGCCCUAACUUCCUCUGCUCCGUCCUCCCGUCUCACUGGAGGUGCAACAAGACGCUCCCCGUGGCUUUCAAGGUCGUGGCACUCGGUGAUGUCCCCGACGGGACUCUGGUCACUGUGAUGGCCGGGAACGACGAGAACUACUCGGCCGAGCUGAGGAACGCCUCUGCCGUGAUGAAGAACCAGGUGGCCCGCUUUAACGACCUGCGCUUCGUGGGCAGGAGCGGACGAGGAAAGAGCUUCACUCUGACCAUCACCGUGUUUACCGGACCGCCACAAGUGGCCACCUACCACCGAGCCAUCAAAGUCACCGUGGAUGGACCCCGAGAACCGCGCAGGCACAGAGUGAAGAUAGAAGACCCCCAGAAGAUGCAGUUCUCCGACAGGCUGUCAGAGAUCGAGCGCUACCAGCGGUCUAUGCGGAUAGGCCCAGUGAACAAUACGCCCCGCACUAUCCACCAAACCCACCUAAGCACCACACAAGCCCUGUGGCAGGAGCAAAUGGACACCCCCGCUCUGAAGACAUGCAAGGUGGAGGAGGACUUGAGACCAUGGCCAGGGACUACAGACCUCUUCAACCAGAGGACCACCUUCCCGUCCCUGUCACCACUGACUGACCAUCGCUUCUCAGACCCGCGCAUGCACUACCCCGGGGCCUUCCCCUACCCCGCCAACUCCUCCAGCACCGGCAUCAGCGGCCUCAGCAUGUCAGCCUCUUCUAGAUACCACACCUAUCUGCCACCCUACCCAAACAACCAAAGCCAGAACUUCUCUCAAAUCCAGUCCAACUCCUACCUGUAUUACGGCGCAGGCUCUGGAUCCUAUCAGUUCUCCAUGGUGGCGCCGGGGAACACCGGGGGCGAGCGCUCCCCCACCCGCCUGCUGUCCUGCUCGGGGGCCGCGGGUGCCGGAGGGACCAACAGCCUGAUGAACCCAGGCCUGAACAACCAGAGCGAGGGCGUGGAGGCCGACGGCAGCCACAGCAACUCCCCCACCGCCAUGAGCGCCUCAGGCCGUUUGGAUGAGUCCGUCUGGAGGCCUUACUGACUGACAGACAGCUAGACAAUCAGGGCGUGCAGGAGGAAGGGAGGAGAGGUAAAGAGGAUGAUGAUCAAAAAAGAUGAACACUGAAAUCAAAAAAACAACCAAAAGAAGAAAAAAAAACAGAAAUGCUGCAUGUUUGUCUUUUAUUUCUCCGGCACUAGCUUUAAAGACUUUCUCUGUUUUACAAACUCUCUCAAGACUUCCAUGUAUUUUGUACAUUUCGAGUAAACUCCUGCACUGUGCUAAAACAUGUACUCUUAAAAAGGACUAUAAAAAGCCAUAGAAGUUGAGAAGAUGUUCAGCUGAAACUGUAAAUAGAUGCGAGGGUAAACCCAGAGAAGCCAUUGUAACGUUUCAGGAUGUAAACAGGUACUCAUGAAAGACAACAAAAGAACAAAAGACAGUAUGAUCAAUCAGUACAGCUGAUGAAAACCACAGAAAACCACAGCAGACAUUCAAACAGACUGUUAAAACUGAUCCGACUCACUUGGACGUGCAGCGGCCGACUGGACGUUUGCUCCCCGAGUGACUCCGACAUCCUUCCAAGGCACGGCUGCACUGCUGUAGCAAUCGGCCCUUUUAAGCUUUAAAUUUCUGCAAAAGUUGAAUAUUGCAAGAAUAUUGUGUCAAUUGUGAAAGCGACUUCUGUUGCAUCCAGGGCUGUUUCAUGUGCUCACAGUACUUAUGCAGUACCUUAUUGCCUAAUUUAUUAUCCAAAUGGACACAUUAGCCUUUGGUGCUUAACGGUAUGCAGUGGAUGUUUCAACACAAUCGCUGCAUCUUUGAGAGAAAAAGCAUUUUAUCUGUCACGUUUCAGAAAUGAUUUCUCCUCUGCUGUUUCAGUGUAUCGAGUUUCAAUAGGAUUAUGAUAUUUUGAGGAAUGUAAAAGACUAAUGCAGAGGGGUGUUUAUUGGUUUCUUUAUUCUGCAGGAAUAUUUAAAGUCCUGUGUGUCUACUCUUUUCCUUACAUUUCUUAUCCAAGCCCUUUUCUGGAGGAAAAAAAAGUCCUUGUCUGGUAUUUUUGAACUGGAUGACACGGUUUACUUUUGAUAUUUAUUUGAGCCAAAUUUUGAGGAAAUGUAUGCAUAUACCCAAAAAUCCUUAGGCAUUUCUCUCUACCUUUCCUUUUUUAUAUAUAUAUAUAUAUAUAUACAGUAUAUAUGCCUUAUUUUGUUGUUAAGUAUAAAUUUGGAAUUUGUGUAAUAUAUUGCUAAAUUAUAAAAAAAAAACCUUUAAUGUAAUUAUUUUGUCUUCCAAUGUAGCUUUGAUGCACUAAAAACCUUUAUUCCUUAUGAACCACGCCCAACAGACUCUGUUAGUGAGAUGGUGUAUUUAGAGCCCUAAUCUUUCAAACAAUUUCCAAAUUGCCUUCCUGCGCUAAACAAGCCAUUCGCUUAAUUUUUGCACUAUGUUUGAAUUUCUUUUCUUUUUUUUGGUUAUGUAUUUACAAAUAUCUGAUGAACUAAGAUUAAAUAUUCCUUCACAUGUAUUUGCUGAACACACUUAAAGUGUCCUUUUUAACAAAUCCUUCGCCAAGUAAUUAAUGAUGUCAUGAUUAGACACACACACACAUUCCUGCACCACAGGUGUGUGUGCACAUUCCCCCUGUCCGGAGGGCUUUUACCCUGCAGUUACACAUGUGAUCCCUCUAUCCCUCGAGGAGUGUGAGGUGUUAGGAUGAAGGGAUAGAAGGAGGAGGAGGUGGGGUCAGAGCGGUAUCUUCUUACCAACACCGAGGGCAGUUAUGCAAAAAAAAAGAAAAAGAAAUCCCUUGUUGUUCACAAGUCCCUUUGUUCUGUAUAAUCAGCGAGUGCUUUGAAGCCUUUACGGCCCUGAUCCUCUCCUUUCUGCUCUAAUUUACUGAUCAGUGGUGCCAGGGGCUGCCAGUAAUUCAUAAGCCAGCACAGACCAUCCGAGCUGUGUAAAAGCAUUUUACAGCAGGUAUCAGCCGUCUAAUAUCUGCUAAAAAAGUCUUCCACAAGAGGGAAGCAGCCAGGGCUCUGUAGAAUUUGUUGCUACAAGAUUGAAUCUCACAGUGAAUCCAAAGAGGCUUGCAUCUGCAGCUCAGGUAAAAAUAAGUUAUGCAAGGUGUUUUGUAGAUCUCACAUAAAGACCCUCUGCCUUAUUCCUGUUAAUGAACACAAUCAGUAACAAGGUCUCAUUCCUAUCUCUCUUUGUUUUAGAGGUAAAGCACAUUUUCCUGCUCUCUCCUCUUUAUAUGGUAGAGGACCUUACUUCAUUAUGGGCAAAAAAAAAAUCAUGCAGCUAGAGAAACCACAUGUAUGUUUGUGUGGUUCCUUCGAAAUAAACCAAAGAUCUUCACAACUGCCUGUAAUACUGUCAGGAUGAUGGGAAAGAUGUGUGGCGAAUGAUUGAUCAUUCUUUAUGCAAAACUCGGAAGCCAAACUGUACAAGUGAGUUGUAUUUUAUUGUAUAUUGGAUUAAGAGAGCACAAUGUUACUUGUUUUCUUUUUACAAGAUGCCCCUUUUUUCCUUUUUCAUAUACAAAAAUGUUAAUUCAUCUUCGCUCCUUUCAUUUCUCUUUAUGCUCAAAGCAUGUACAUCUGAAACUGAUAUGUUAAUUUAAGAAUCUCAUCUAUGUAUGUAAUGAUAUUGUUAAUGCUUCCAUACUGAGUGCUUGUAAAGUUUGCGGAUAAUGUAGUUUUUAAUCAUUUUAAUUAAAAAACAUGUGUCUCA